CCCAAACCGCCAACCAUUGACAUUCCCCAGCCCAGUGCUCCUGCAAGUCCAUAACCCCUCAUUCCACUCACUCACUUACACUUUCCAUUUGUGCCUAGCCACACCCACUACCUUAGUUCCUACGGCAUCGAACCUCCUCCACCUGCAUCCAUUCGCAUCGGCCGUGGUCCUGCAGCCGCUCCUCCUCCCCCUCCCCCGCCCCGACUCCCAACCGACCGACUGACCGAACCGUGUUUCGUCCAGUCGCCCUGGCGUCAACCGCUUCCUCCAAGCGCCGCCUCCCCCUCCUGUCCUUCACCUUCUUCCUCAUCUUCCUCGUUGCAGCCCUCAUCCUGGCGGCCCCCAGAGCAGUCCCGAGAAUCACUUCUCUCUUCGCCCAGCUGCGAUUCAAACCAGUCCAGGUUCCCCUCUUCGCCACACCCACUGCUCCGACCUACCGGCCCUUGAUGACCAGCACCAUGGUCCCCGACAAGUACAAAUCACCGCCCCAGGCGCCACCCGUCUUUACCGGCACCAAAGAGUCCAUCGUCGGCGACGCCAAGAAGAUAUGCGAUCAGACCAGAGCUCUGCUCGACAAGCUCGUCGCCGACGUCCCCGUCGACAAGGCCACCUUUGAAAAUGUCAUGCGACCUGUUGCCAAGGAUGAGAACGAAAGCGGGCUUUCAACCCGCAUCCUGGGCUUCUAUCAGUACGUUUCGAGCGACGCCGCCUUGCGCGAGGCCUCGACCCAGGCCGACACCAUCAUGGACGAGUUCUCCAUUGAGGUGAACAUGAGGGAGGAUGUGUACAAGCUGGUCGAGGCCAUCCACAAAAAGAAGGACUCGGAAGGUCUGGAUCCUGAGAGCCUGCGUCUGCUCGAGAAGGACUACAAGAACUACGUCAAGAUGGGUCUGGGCCUGCCUGCUGGUCCCCAGCGCGAUCGCUUCAAGGAGAUCAAGAAGCGUCUCAGCCAGAUCCAGAUCGAGUUCCAGAAGAACCUCAACGAAGAAAACGGCGGCAUCUGGUUCACCCCCGAGGAGCUCGACGGUGUCCCCGAGGAUGUUAUUGACGGUUUGGAGAAGGGCACCGCCGAGAACGAGGGCAAGCUCAAGCUCUCCUUCAAGUACCCCGAUCUUUUCCCGACCCUCAAGUUCGCCAAGAACCCCGAGACGAGGCGUAAGGUCUUUAUCCAGAACGAGAACAAGUGCAACCAGAACGUCCCUCUGUUCAAGGAGGCCAUCAUCCUUCGCGACGAGGCCGCCCGCAUGCUCGGCUACCCUGACCACGCCUCCCUCCGCAUUGAGGACAAGAUGGCCAAGACCACCAAGACUGUCAACGACUUUCUGGGAGAUCUCCGCUCUCGUCUGACGGCCGGUGGUGCCAAGGAGGUUGAGCACCUUCUGGAGCUCAAGAAGUCCGAUACCGAUGCCCGGGGCGUUGCUAACGAUGGCAACUACUACCUCUGGGACCACAAGUUCUACGAUCGAUUGAUGAUUGAGAAGGAGUACAGUAUCGACGAGAACAAGAUUGCCGAGUACUUCCCCAUUACCUCGACCAUUACCGGGAUGCUCAAGAUCUUCGAGGAGCUUCUCGGCUUUGUCUUCGUCGAGCUGAAGCCUGAGGACCGCAAGGCCCUGAGCCCCACGGGCAAGGGCGAGGAUAUUGCCUGGCACGAGGAUGUCAUUAUCUUCAGCGUUUGGGAUGAUGCCUCCGAGGGAGAAGGCUUCGUCGGCUACCUGUACCUUGACCUGCACCCCCGCCAGGGCAAGUACGGCCACGCCGCCAACUUCAACUUGCAGCCUGGUUAUCUGCAAGCGAACGGUUCGCGCAGAUACCCUGCUACGGCGUUGGUCUGCAACUUCAGCAAGCCUACGCCCAAGAAACCCUCGCUUCUCAAGCACGAUGAGGUUGUUACGCUCUUCCACGAGCUGGGCCACGGUAUUCACGACCUCGCCGGUCGCUGCACCUACAGCCGCUUCCACGGUACAAGCACUGUCAGGGACUUUGUCGAGGCGCCUUCGCAAAUGCUGGAGAACUGGUGCUGGACCCCCAGCGUCAUCAAGGCUCUGUCUCAACAUUAUCAGACGGGCGAGAAGAUUCCCGACGACCUCAUCGAGAAGCAAAUUUCCACCAAGCAUGUCAAUGCUGCGCUCUUCAACCUGCGUCAGCUCCACUUUGGCACCUUUGACAUGACGGUCCACACUCCCAAGAGCCACGACGAGAUCAAGAACAUGGACCUGUCGGCCGUCUACAACGAGCUUCGCGGCGAGAUUGCCGGCAUCAAGGGCCCCGAAGCUCAGGGCGAGAAGAGCACCUGGGGCAACGGACAGGCCUGCUUCGGCCAUCUCAUUGGAGGCUACGAUGCCGGUUACUACGGCUACCUCUCAUCCGAGGUUUACUCGACCGACAUGUUCUACUCGGUCUUCAAGGCAGACCCCAUGAACGGCAAGGAGGGCCGUCGCUACAGACACACCGUCCUUGAGAAGGGCGGUAGCCAGGAAGAGAUGUUGACCCUGGAGCAGUUCCUUGGUCGCAAGCCCAGCACCGAAUCCUUUUACAAGGAGUUGGGAAUCCCUCAGUAAGGGCCCCGAUUGGUACCGCGGCGUGUGGAAGCAAGACGGAUUCUGAACUGUAUAUUAUAGUACUAGAUCGCGAUUGUGAUCAACCUUAAGGGGCUCACCCUUUCAAUAGACAUGGUCAAAGCCAUCUUGCAAGACUGUGGAGUAACUGCCUU